AUGACUGGUUCAAACGCAAACAAAAUACCAGAAGCCCCAGAUGAGCUCCGAAUCAUCAAAGCGAAGUACGGUUACAGUGAGACCGAAAACCCGCAUACCAUACACACCUUGAAAAACGUGGAUCGCGCAGUACAUCGAGGAAUAUGGCGAGCUGAACGCGUUCCUGUUGAGACUGGCGUCGCAAAAAGCCAACAAAUUUCAGAUGCCCCGCCGAAGGGAGACGAACAAGUGGUCAAUUUCGCUCUUGUGAUUUUCCUGGAUGUGCUGACUCUCCCCAUUUGGAGGAACAUCACCAGCUGGACCCUCCCGAUCCGCGUUUGCACCAGCGACAUUCGCUCAGAGCAAUAUGACCGCCCAAAUAGAUGGAGGUGCAAGGACGAAGGUUUCUCUAUUACAGAGGUCAAGCGUGGUUUUCGCACACGGCGCUUCAAUCCAAUCAUCCUGUACCAAGAGGCAGCCGAGAUGAUCUGCUGGAUCAUGCAUGAUACUCGGCCAAGCAAUGAACGCCAGGUUCCACUCCCUAAAGGUUGGUAA